CAGCAUGGCGUUGGCCGGGGUACGAGUGGUAGAGCUUGCGGGCCUUGCUCCCGCGCCGUUCUGCGGGAUGAUCCUGGCCGACUUCGGCGCCAAGGUGAUUCGCGUCGACCGCACAAAGGCCGGAGCCUCGAUGGACACGCAAGGUCGCGGCAAACGCUCAGUGGCCAUCAACCUGAAGACUUCCGAGGGCGUCGCCCUGCUCCGGAACCUCUGCGCCCACUCUGAUGUCGUCCUGGAGCCCUACCGCAAAGGUGUGAUGGAGAAGCUCGGUCUUGGUCCACAGGGACUGCUAAAGGAAAAUCCUGGUCUGGUGUACGCACGCCUGACGGGAUACGGACAAAGUGGAAUGUACGCCACGGCGGCCGGACAUGACAUCAACUACCUGGCCAUGUCAGGGCUUUUAUCCCGUCUGGGUCGCAGCAGAGAGAAGCCGUACGCGCCGCUGAACCUCUUAGCAGACUUCGCGGGCGGAGGGCUAACAUGUGCCCUCGGCAUCAUCCUGGCAUUGCUGGAGCGGACAAAGUCGGGGAAAGGGCAGAUCAUUGACGCUAGCAUGGUGGAAGGAGCUGCCUACGUGGGCUCAUUCGUGUGGAAAUCUCGCAACAUCGGCAUGUGGGAUCGUCCUCGUGGGGAAAACAUGUUGGACAGCGGCGCUCCUUUCUAUGACACGUACCGGACGGCCGACAACAAGCAUGUGGCCGUGGGCGCUAUCGAACCGCAGUUCUACAAGCAACUGCUACAAGGUUUGGAAUUGGAGGAGGACCAGUUACCACCACAGAUGAGCUUCUCGGACUGGCCCGAGCUCCAGCGGAUCUUCUCUGAGCGUUUCGCCUCGAAGACGCAGGCGGACUGGUCGCAAAUUUUUGACGGGACGGAUGCCUGUGUGACACCCGUGUUGUCGUUCGACCAGGUGAGCUCGCACCCGCACAAUAACGAACGGGCUUCCUUCGUGAAGGACUCCAGCGGGGAGGAAAGCCCCCGACCGGCCCCCCUCCUCUCUCGGACCCCCGCGGAGGCUUCAGUCAACCCUGGCCCGCUUAUCGGAGAACACACAGUGGAGAUCCUUGUGGAGUACGGGUACAAAAUGUCAGAAAUUGACAAGAUGCUCACUGCAGGCGUUGUGGAGUGUAACGCUGUCAAGGCAAAAUUGUAACGGAUACUUUUUAUUUUAUCCACUGAAAGGAGUAGUCAAUAGAUUUUGGAAUCAAUCCUCAUAAUUAAGGCUAAGGAUAAUAAUUCAUUAGUCCGUUCAUUGUUAAGGGAUCUUUUGAUUUGUGGAAUUCAUUGUUUGUUGAUCGCGACUUGAAGCAAUUGGAGGCAAAAUGGGAUGCACUACUUUACUGCAAUCAACAAUUUUAUGUCUAAAGAACGCCAUAAAAAUUUAAAUUAUGAAAAAAAAAGCUUUUAUUUUAAAGGAAUAAUGUUGGAAUUUGUUGAGGAUAAAGUAGUAGAAGAAAAAUCACAUACAAGAAAAAAGUUGAAUGUUUUGGAGAAAGUAAUUCUGUCAAUAAUGUGGAAUUGAUUGUUGAUUAGUUGGUGUUUUGAAGUAACUAAGCAGAGGUGCAAGUGAUUCAAGUUUGCCGUUUUAAGAAGUGCCCAAAAAAAACUAUUUGCACAUUUACAAGAAAAAUGUCAGAAUUUGGGGGAUCCUAAAAUUUAUGUUUUUAGUUGUGUAUGUAUUAAGAAAAAAAU